UAGCUCGCUAAUCGUGGCUUGUAGAUCAUUACAAAUCCUUCACAAAACAUUGAAACAGUGCACAGUUGGUGUAUUCUGUAUUUAAUUUAGGCUGACUUCGUGACACCAUGGCGGAGUGCACAACGUUAGAAAGUCUCAUGGAAAUGGGCUUUGACCGAAACAGAGCGGAGAAGGCUGUAGCACAUACUGGCAACCAGGGUAUCGAGAGAGCCAUGGACUGGCUUAUGGAACAUGAGAACGAUCCAGAUAUAGACGAGCCAUAUGCCCCACCAGCAGAGUCUGUUCUAGGUUCAUCGGAACAACAGAGCUCAUCCGAGUCCGUUUCAGAACCUACUGAAUCUGCUGAAGAGGAGAUGGGACAGGAUCCCAAACGACCAAUGACAGAAGAGGAAAAAAAAGAACAAAUUAAGAGACUUGAGGAGUUGAUGAGGGUGAAGCAAGAAGAGAGAAGAGAGCGGGAACGACAGGAGGAGGUGGAGAGGGAGAAGCAGAGGAGGAAACAGGGCCAAGAGCUCCAGCAGAUUCGGCAGAAACUGCAGGAUGAUGAGAUGAAGAAGCUGGCUGACCAGCGCAGGAGAGAGAAAAUGGAGGACCGACUUGCCAAGCAACGUGUCAAAGAGAGGAUUGCACGCGAUAGAGAGGAGAGAGCACGCAAGUUUGGAGGGGGCUCAUCAGGUACAACUCUGUCAUCCCCUACUUCUGAUACCAGUCCCCAAACUCCCCCUGAGAACCAGGGUCCUCCCCCAGCCAAGAAAGACUAUGAUGAAUGUCGGAUACAGAUCCGCCUCCUGGAUGGCUCUGCACUGACAGCAGUCUUUAAAGCCCAGGAACCUCUGGCAGCAGUGAGAGUAUAUGUACAGAUGAACAGCUCUGAUGGCCAGGACUUCACCCUUCUGUCCCCCUACCCCCGCCGCGUCUACACAGACCUCGACAUGGAGAAACCUCUACGCGAGCUAGGUUUGGUGCCUUCUGCUGUGCUUGUUGUUACUAAGAAAUAAAGGAAGGGCAACAAGGGGCAAACAUUAAUCACUGGACUGAAUUUGAUUUUCUACACUAAAACCAUCAGUUGAUCAAUACUUAAUGGGUACAAUAAAGGUUUUAAAUAUUAACCAUGUCCAUCAAUGGAUCAAAAUAGAUGCCCACUGCAGUUCUCAUUAUUUUAAUUAUUCUGAUAUGUAUUUUUUAUGUUUUGAAUAAAUUGUUUUGACCUUU